ACGCCGGUUAACUUUAACUCAACACCACAGUCAACUUCACCCAUUUUAAAAGCACUCUUUUUUUCUCCAUUAACAAAGAACCUCGCAUACACACUCACUCUUCUUUUCACUCUCUAAUUAUGUCAGUAAAUAAUAAAUAUUAUAAUUUAUAUAUUUAUGUAUAGUCUGAUAUAUAUAAUUCAACUCAGCUGCGAUGAAGAGAUUAAAGCUGAAACUUUUUGCUUAAUGUUAUUUAGCUCCUAGCCCAAUAAAUAAAUCAGUCUAAUAAAUAUUUUCUUAUAUAUAUAUAAAGUUCUGGUCAGUUAUUUUUUCCUGAAUUUUGCAUGAUAAAUGUAGUUGAUGACACUGUCUAUAUUAAUUAAUUAAUUGCUGAAAAAUGAUGAAAGGUAUCAAUCCCAGUUGUGUUUAUGACUUCUCCGACCACCAUUUCUCCAGCGUCAGCGCCGCAGCCGCGGCGGCAGCCGACUACAACGACCGCGUCGACGAUGCAAUCUACGGCUCCGAUGAGUUCCGAAUGUAUGCAUACAAGAUCAAACGGUGCCCGAGGAUGAGAAGCCACGACUGGACGGAGUGUCCUUACGCCCACCGCGGCGAGAAAGCGCAGCGGCGGGACCCGCGUAAGUUCAAUUACUCGGCUAUAGUCUGUCCGGCGUUUCGAAACGGCGCCAGCUGUAGCAAAGGCGACACGUGCGAAUUCGCGCACGGCGUAUUCGAGUACUGGCUCCAUCCCGCAAGGUACCGCACGCGCGCGUGCAAUUCAGGCCAACUUUGCCAGAGAAAGGUUUGCUUCUUCGCCCACUCGCCCGACCAGCUCCGCCCAGAGACUAAGUCCAAACGCCAUAGCCAUUUCGCUUAUCGGCCUACGGCGGCAGCGGCGGCGGCACGUGAGCCAGCGGAAGUGGUUCUGAAUCGCUGUGGUAGUGAUCAUCUCGAUCACGUGAUGAUGACACCGGGGAGGACUAGUACUAUCAUGAACGGUGCAGAUGGUGCCACAUCAUCACCGUAUUUUUCUAAUAAUAAUGAUCAUGAUUAUGAUUACGAUGAUGAGGAUGAUGAUUAUAAUGAUUCUUUUCAGAAAUUUGCUGAUUUCUUGAAGAGUUUGAGGGCGUUGAAGAUAAGAGAUCUGGGUGGAGAUACUUAUCAUGGUAGUGGGGGAAGGAUUAUGAAUUCCGGGUUGGAUGUUUCGGAGUCGGAUUUGCCCCAUGUUGAAUGGAUUUCGAAGUUAGUGCAGUAAAUGUGAGAAAAUUUUACUUAAUAAUAAUGAUAAUAAUAAAAUGUUGAGAGAAGAUUUUAUUAUUAAAAUGCAUAUAUAACUUGUAAACAAGUAUAUAUAUUCAGCUCAGCUGUUUUUAAGCUUUUCUA